AUGGUAGUGAGAGAGGCUGUGGCUGUGGCUUCAGCACUGGAGGCGUUGCUGGAGCUGCAGUUUGGGCGGUACCGUUGGUGGCACUGCGAGGGACUGCAGUUUGGGUGGUACCCCUGGUGGCACUGCGAGGGACUGCAGUAUGGGCACUGCCCGUUGUGACAAAGCGAGGGAUUGUAGUUUUGAUGGCACCUCUGGUUUCACAGGAAGUAUUGGCCAGACUCAGUCUGGCUUUCAUGCCUGACAUGAGGACACCUUGGGCCAAGGAGGCAGUGGCAUCUCCUUGGAAUCCCCUUCAGCUUGACAGGGCAGCAGGUUGACUGCUUCAAUGGGGAGGCCGGCUUUGGCUCGGCCUCCACUGGGCUGAAGGAGGCUGAGAUUUAGAGGACAGCAGGGUGGCUGCCUCAGGGCUGGAGGGUGGCGAUGGCUCGGCCUCCACAGGGCUGGAGAAGGGCCCAGAGUUUGAGACAUGCAGGUUGACCUCCUCAGGGCUGGAGGGCGGAGUCAGUUUAAUUAGGAUUAAUGAGGAUGUUACCAUGAUUAUGGAUAAUCCUGAAUGAAUCGUGAUUAAUGAUGAGUGAGAAAGUUACAGAGGCAUAAAUAUCAUACCCCCCAAAAAAUGCUAACCACUGAUAGAUUAGCAUCUAUCAAUCUACAGUGCAUUCGGAAAGUAUUCAGACACCUUCCCCUUUUCCACAUUUUGUUAUGUUACAGCCUUAUUCUAAAAUAGAUUUUUUUUAACAAUCCUCAUCAAUCUAUACACAAUAACCCAUAAUGACAAAUAAAAAACAGGUUUUUAGAAAAUUUCUAUUCAUAAGGUUCACCUUCCAACAGAACAACAACCCUAAGCACACAGCCAAGACAAUGCAGGAGUGGUUUCGGGACAAGUCUCUGAAUGUCCUUGAGUGGCCAAGCCAGAGCCCGGACUUGAACCCGAUCGAACAUCUCUGGCAAGACUUGAAAAAAGCUGUGCAGCGACGCUCCCCAUCCAACCUGACGGAGCUUGAGAGGAUCUGUAGAGAAGAAUGGGAGAAACUCCCCAAAUACAGAUGUGCCAAGCUUGUAGCGUCAUACCCAAGGAGACUCGAGGCUGUAAUCACUGCCAAAGGUGCUUCGUCAAAGUACUGAGUAAAGGACCUGUAAUAUUUCAGUUUUUUGUUUUUCAUAUAUUUGCAAAACAAUUUAAAACUUGUUUUUGCUUUGUCAUUAUGGGGUAUUGUGUGUAGAUUGAUGAGAGAAAAUAAAAACGAUUUAAUCAAUUUUAGAAUAAGGCUGUAACGUAACAAAAUGUGGAAAAAGUCAAGGGGUCUGAAUACUUUCCGAAUGCACUCUAUCUAUCUAUCAAUAAAUGCUUCAUAAUCAUAACAAACAUGGCACUUAAGUUUUGUUUGAGUUUGCCCUUAAUGAUGUGUGUGUUGUUUAUGUCAGUAGAGGCGGCUGGGCCCGGGGUCAUAUGAUGCUGCAGGCCCUGGGGACUUCAGUGAACGGUCGGUGGUAUAGCGGGCCAAAGGGCAGGGGUGGCACAGGGCCCAGUAGACCACCAGGCGGGCAGCCAUACCCCACCUCCUCUACAGGGAGGCCUGGGAGAACAAACGCUUCCUGGUGGGUCACAAUCACACACACAUGCACACACACGCACGCACACACACACUUGACCCAUAACCUCUGUCUAUCUGUCUGUCUGUCCCGUAGAAAACAAAAGUGGGUCCAGGAACCUACAGAACAGCAGACUUUAUAGAGGAGCUGCAGAAGAAACCAGGCAGCGUGAGAGGAGUGUGUGACAGCAGGGAAGAGAGGUUCAGAAACGCACAGGUACCACAACACACAACUCAAACACACAGAGGUACCACAGUACACCACUAGAGGGCAAAAUAACACUAUGUUAUACUCAGCACACUGGAGGAUAGGCCACAUGUUAAUACCAUGUCAAUAGCAGGUAUCAACUACCUACAAUCAAGGGUAGAUUAGAUUUAAAUCAAUAUUUCUCUGUGAUGCUCAAAGUGCCUUACACCACAACUCCGCCUCAAAAUCUGUGUGUACAGAGCUGGAUGCCAGGUACUGCUAUGGUAAAGGGAGUGUUCUAUGGGCAGCGCUGGAGAAGAGGGCGGGGUCAAAUGGAGCUCCCAUCAUGAACCUCAGCUCCUCACAGGCAACGUUUCCCAGAAGGCAACACUACGGUAUGACACAUGACACACACAACACCACAACUAUUCUAAUUGAGGACAACAAGGUAUAGGUGACACCUACACUAUACUACAUCUAACUGUGUGUGUGUCUAGGACUGUGGGCUGAGUCCCUGUACCUAUACUCUGAAGAUCAGUACAGAGGCAUUGUUGGCCAGCGGCAGCAGCAGGAGAGGUACAUAUGACCUCUUCACUGGACAAACCCAUCACUGCUGGAUACGCGCUGCCCUGGUAACACACACGGACACUCAAAUCAUACCCUUACAUCCUGGCUCACACACACAAUUUCCCAUCACACACACCUCAGAACAUAUAAAACUGCGAGUGACCACCACCAACCGUUUUCUCUCUCGCGUGCAGUGUGUAGAAGCGUGUGAACCUGACUCCAGGGGAGUACCCUGGUAUGUAUGUGGGGUUUGGAAAGAAGCUGUGUCGUCAUGGGAAGCAGAACCACGGUGUGUUUGGAAUGUUGGAUCAGUCCCCAGCCAUGCCAACAGAGAGAAUCUACCACAGUACUCUGUCCCAAUGCCCUUGA